AACAGAUAAAGUGAUAGAGCUCUAAGACAAACAUUUUGCCUUCUGUUGAGGACAGACGCUUAGUUCUGGAAAGUCAUGGAUGGGCGAAGUUUGCACUGGCUCCUCGGAGUCAUAUUUGUUGCGAUGCUAAGUCAGAACUGUUUUUUGGCUAGCGGCAUUUGCGAAAACAACCCCGUUUUGCAAAACAGUUAUUUAUCAAAACGCCUCGAGGAUCUGUUUCUUAGCCUCAUGACCCCAAACGAUGAGCGUCAACGGGAUGCCUUAUGCACAGUGUGUGUAGAAACUGCUGCCGCCUUGAGAGAGGCCUAUGCCUAUGGACUACCGGUAGAAACCAUCGAUGAAAUUGCUAUCUUGGUUUGCAGUGAGCUCCAACUCUUCCCUCAAGACGUUUGCGAUGGGAUGGUCAAACUGGAGGGGGACAGGGUCCUGUACAUUCUCAACGCCACCAAAUACGACCUCGAAACCGUUUGCGGUUUCAUGUUAAGGGGUCACUGUGACAAAAGGGAACUAGACCCAUGGAGUUUGGCGGUACCGGGAGGUAAACCCUUCACCCGACGACCCAGAGCCUAUUUUGAUAAUAUACUUAUCGUUCAUUCACAAUCAAUAUACUUCCUAGUUUCCUUCAUCCAAUCUGAUUUUGAGCCUGCAGCCAACACCAUUCGCAUCCUGCACGUCACCGAUUCACACAUGGAUCUGCAAUACGACGAAGGAAGCGCCGUCAACUGCGACUACCCUCUGUGCUGUCGGCAGGAGUACGGAGACCCCCAGCCUGGAGACCCUGCAGCGGGACACUGGGGUGCGGAGGAACACUGUAACGUCCCUCAACGGACACUCGACGAACUCAUCCGCCAGGCUGCUCUUCUAAAGCCUGAUCUCGUGUACAUGACCGGGGAUAUGUCACCGGCCAGCGUUUGGGAGCUGACCAGGGCAACCAACAUCGAAAGCGUGAACGUGACCUUUGGCCUCUUUCGACGACAUAUGCCGGACACGCCCGUCUUCAGUUGCCUAGGAAACCAUGAGGCGGUUCCAGUCAACAGUUACGCGAUUCCCGCCGCCUACGAGGCUGGUUUCAACAUGGACUGGCUGUACGAGUCCUCCGUCGCCCUGUGGUCGCCUUGGCUGCCUGAAGACACCUAUGGUGACAUCUUGAGGGGAGGGUAUUUCUCCUACUCUCCGUUCCCCGGAUUCAGAAUCGUUUCCAUCAACAUGAAUUACUGCCACAUGGAGAACUGGUGGUUGCUGAUUGACAGCGUAGACCCAACAGGGCAACUCCAGUGGCUGAUUGACUCUCUAGGCGCAGCUGAGGCAGCCGGAGAGAAGGUCCACAUCUUGGCACAUUUUCCUCCCGGGGGCUCUUGCGUUGACUAUUUCAACACACACCUCAACAAAAUCAUCACCAGGUACGAAUCGACCAUCAGAGCCAUGUUCCACGGCCACACUCACAAGGACGCUCUCUCUCUCGUGUACGAUCCGGAGGACUCACUCAGACCCGUGGCUGUCGGUUUCACCGGACCUGAGGGAUCGUGUGGAGAAUUUCACCAGCCGUCCUUCAAAAUGUACACCAUCGAUGCUAAUCACGAUCAGGCUACCUGGAGCGUGAUAGAUAUGCAGACCUUCUCGAUGAAUAUGACCUUGUCCAACAGACCAGGGGCCUCUCCAGAAUUCGUUCAAAGGUACACGUCUCAGGAGGCUUACGGAGUUCAAACACUGACGGCAGCUAGCGUUGAUCAGCUGACUCUCAAUAUGGCCGCUGAUAAGGACCUGUUUGCGCAGUAUGUGAGAAACAAACAAAAUCAUUACCUGGAGCCACCUGAGAUGUUUACCUGCCCAGAGGAUCCAACUUGCCAUAAGAACGAGCUCUGCGGAAUCGUCAAUACUGACCAUAAUCUCCGUGACGCCUGCCACCGAAUUGAGAAAAUCAUAGAUGGAGGAUACUACUUCUAGGUUUCUUGUCGCCAUUUAAGUGCUCCUCCAGCAAUUGAUUCCGGCUUAGGAUAAUAAAUCAGUUUAUAAAACGUUUUAUGGACAAUUAUAAUCUUUAUUAAAUGAAUCUAUCCAUAGCAUAUUUGAUCAAUCCUGUUUUAUCAUUUCUUCCAGAAAAACAUUAAUGGUGAAUUGCUUACGAUUUUGUAUAUUUCUUACAAAAAUAGUAGUUUGGAAACAAUAAGUUGAAUGUGAUAUGAAUAAAGGUUUGGAUGGACA